AUGGUGGUUCUGCCUGCAUGCGGCCGAUCUGGGGAAACUAACGUCUUUUGGAAAAACAUGGUUUCCGAAAACGGGCGAAAACCACUGGCGGCCAGUGGGAUGAAGCCGAACGGAGACCUUAAAAGCGCUCCGCAUGCCUCCAAAUACCGUCCUCGGUUCAAAAACCCGCCGCUUCCAGCAGUCAAUGAGUUUCGGCUAGACCACAUACUUGCGAAUCCGCUCCGACAAGAAUCUGGAGCGGUGGUGCAAUCGCUUUUGAAUGUGAAGUCCAACUACCAGAAAGAUCUUCGGCUGGAGAUCCGGCGCGCGUUGACCAUCGAGCAGAAAAUCCAGUUUUUGAACAUUCGUGUGGCCAAACUAGCCCAUAAGAUCGAAAAACGGUUGGAGCAACGCACGAGAAGAAUUGGCCGGGCGACAAGUGCGAAAAAGACGGGCCAGGAUUUGCUGGCGGAGGUCGACCGCUUGCUUGAUCUGGCGACGGAUGUGUCGCAGCAGUUUUUUCGCUUGGUUCAGCGUGCUCAAGAGCAAAAAGUGUUUCCAGACCCGGCGAAGUACCCUCGCCUAGCCAAGUUGAUGCAAGGUAAAAACGGGAAUGGACUGACAGAGGGGAGCGAGAGCUUUGUGCAGACAGAGCGGAAUGGAAAGAAAGAGGACAAGACGAAAGUGGACAUGAAAGAGGACAAGAUGAAAGUGGACAAAUUGGACAAAGUGGACAAAGUGGACAAGACCAAAGUGGACAAGACCAAAGUGGACAAGACCAAGGUGGACAAGACCAAGAUGGACAAGACCAAAAUGGACAAGACCAAAGUGGAUAUACAGAAUGAGAACGACUCUCCCAGCAACUCGGAACAUGCUUCCCCAAUUCUGGAACAUAGUCCAUCCCAUUCGCCGCAAAAUACGUCGGCUUUUCGACCAAUCACAUCGACCUCAGACACACACGAUGAUGGAAGCCUACCGAAACCAGUAUCGAACGGCUCCAAAGGAGCAGAACCUGCUUCUGCAGAUUUUCACACCGCUCUUGUCAGUAAUGGAAAUUCCGAAAGCUCAAAUGCCAAAAGCCAGGCCACUUUUGACGAAACACCACACACGCCAGAAGAAAUGGACCCGGCCGCUUUCGAGCUUCUUCUCGAAGACAAUAUCGCCAAAUACAGAGACAAACAAGCGGCCAAGUACUCGCCUACAAAAGCACCGGACCACGCCGGAUCAAGCCCGCUACGACUUCUUUACUCGUAUUCUCUGCUAGCGCAAAGCGACAUGCUCAAGCCGCUUCUUGGAGUUCCUCCAAGCGGGCCUUUCACUGCCGUGACAAAAGCAUGUGCAACGGUGGUCGAAACGCCUCAAACGUCGUUGCACAAAAAGCUUCGUAUCACAUCGGAGCCGUCACUGCAGCAGUUGCGCGAGGUGAUUGCGUUUUCCGAGUCGGAAGAAAGUGCCGUUGACGAUACAGAUCUCUGGACUUCGUCCGGAAUAUAUACCGAGUCGGACGAAUCAGGCGACUCGAGCUCCGAGCAAGACAGCUCCUCCGACUGUGACGAGACCAGCCGCUACUACAUGUCGUUCCAGAAGAAGACCCGGGCGAAAAAGCGGCGGCCGUACAAGCGAAUGUCGCCAACGCCGAAGCAUCAUCCGCUGCAUAGAACACUCCAGCCAAAGAAGUCAAUACUAAAGAUGGAGAAGCCUAAGGCAGUUCCCAAAACCGAGAUGCCCACGCCUUACCGUCUGAGUCCACAAGCGUCCUUUGCCAGCGAAUUUGCAUCGGGAAUGAUCAUUCGCAGCGGGGAAAGCGAAAACCGGUCGGACUCGGAUCUGGAGGGGCACACCAUCGAAAAGCUACGGCAGUUGUUGGACUAG